AUGGUCCAGGACGUGAUCAUACCCGCGGAACAGAUCAGACAUGGACUGCGUAUGCAUGGCAUCCGCAUCACCCCGCAGGAUCUCACGAGGUGUGGUAUGGAAGAGACCGAUGGACCGCAAACAUUCCCAGUGCUCGCGAAGCUGCGCCGUGAUGUCCGAUAUGCUCGUGAAUUAGAGAAAAAACCAUUGACAGGUUAUUUCAUCGAGGACCUCGAGAACUUCGAUGCUGCGUUCUUUGGUAUUUCUCCCAUAGAGGCAGAGCAGAUGGAUCCGCAUCAGCGCCUGGCGCUGGAGCUGAGUUGGGAGGCUCUCGAGAAUGCCGGAGUUGAUUCCAAAAGUCUUAGUGGGUUAGACACGGCCGUAUUCCAUUCAUAG